GUCACGUGCCGGUGUGUUUUGCGCGCUGAUUGGUUGAUUGCUGCGGAGUGGGCGGGGCCUGUUGGCUGCUGUGUGGGAAGUAGCUAGGUAGAGUCUCCUGUCAGAGUCCCGGGCCCAGCAGCACCGAACCGGUUCCCCCCAGUAACUCCUAACCCGCCAGCCGGACCGCCUCUCAGCAUGGGGGACAAAGAGUUCAUGUGGGCUCUGAAAAACGGAGACAUGGACGCCGUGAAGGAGAUGAUCACAGCGGUGAGGGCCUGUGUAGGCGUGGGGGGGUGGGUAGCAUAAUGUGUGCUGUAUGGGCCACUAUGGCAUUUAUCUGCAACAUGACAUGCUGCAAAUAGGGAGCUACCUGGGGGGCUGCUUGUACUCCGUGCCCGUAACAUGUUGAUUUACCCCCCACCCUGCUAUUUAGCCAGCAUUAGUUUGUACAGGUACGAGUGAGGAUUCUUAAUCAUUCUAAUUGAAUUUCAGGACAAAAUGCCAGAACUGUAAAUAUUCUACAACUCCGAACUCUGCAAUUUCGGCCUUAAAGGGACAGUUUAGGCACCUUCAUGCACCAUAACAACCUAAUCUAAAUAAAGCUGUUAAGGUACCAAGGGGCACACCCUUGCAUUAACUAAUGCUCACAGCCAAUCAGUGACUCCCCAUUCACAAUCCUGGCUUGAAAAAAAGCGUAACUUUUCCAAGCCAGUUUUGUGAAUGGAGAGUCAAUUAUUCGCAGAGGACAUCAGCUGACCACUCUUAGCCAAUAAGCAGCGUCCCUGCCUGACAUAACUCACCGUUUCCUGAAGCUGAAAUCUCAGAAACCAGAUGCCACUUGGGGGCAGUGGAGAUAAGUGCUGGAGGCAACUCUGGUGAACUCUUGCCUCAAGAGGUUAAACCGUUCUUGAGUGCCCAGAGUCCAUGAAGUUGUUAUGGUGCCAUGAGUGUUCCUUUAAAGGGAAACUAUAGUGCCAGAAAACCAAAGUUGUGUUCCUGGAACUAUACCUUCCCUCACCCCUUCUGUCACUUACCUCCUGUCCAGAGCCGAUGUCCUUUGGCAAUGGCUCGGGUCCGCCUUCACUUCUUCUAUGUUGACAGCAAUGGUCGUAUUUGCAUUAGGAUUUUCUGACAGGAAAGUAUUGUACAAUGCUUUUCUAUGGGUUUUUGGGUGAAACUGGACAUCCCUGCACAUAGCUUGAGGAAGUCCAGCAUCAGAGUUCCAAAAUUCACCUAACAACCCGAAUGUCCCUCUAGUGCAGAGGUGUCCAAUCCGCAGUCUGGUUGGAGAUGGACAGGACUGGAUGAUCCAGACAGACAGCUCUAAAAAAAAAAAAAGCAAUUUAAAUAAUUUUCCCCUCAGACUGUGACAACCUGUCAGUCUGAGAGGAUUAAUGAAUGAGGUGCUGGUGGCUGGAAGGAGCACUUUAAGGCUCCCUUCACAAUUUUCGGAAAUUCCUUGUCCAUGCUCCACCCUUGCAUGCAAGCUCCACCUGCUGCCCAUACAUCAAGCCCCCAUAUGCAAGCUCCGCUGGCACUCCAGCAGGAAGAGAUCAAGAAAUUGCUCCCACAGUCAGUAACUUUGUGUUUAUGUGCUUGUAUGUUUGUGUGUCAGCUUGUCUGUAGUGAGCAUGUGUGUGUCAGUGAGCUGAUAUAUUGUGAGCUUGUAUGUAAUGUGUGUGUGUGUGUGUGUAUAUGUAUGCACACUACAUGACACAGUAAUGGAUGUAAUUUUUUUUUGUAUGAUUUGUCUGUGAUUUUGUGUGUGGUGGAAGGUCUGUGUGUAUCUGUGAUUGUGUUUGUGUAUAUCUCUGAUUGUGUAUAGGUCUGUAACUGUGUGUGAAUGUCUGUGAUUGUGUAUGGGUAUAUCUGUAACUGUGUGUAUAGGUCUGUGAUUGUGUUUGUAAAUCUGUGAUUUAUGUGGGUGUGUGAUUGUGUGUAUAGAUCUGUGAUUGUAUUUGUGUGUUAUCUAUCUGUGAUUGUGUGUGUAUAUUUGUUAUUGUGCGCAUGGGUCUGUGAGUGUGUGUGUAUAGCUUUGUGUGUGUGUGUAUAUCUGUGGUUCUUAACUGCAAUAAUUAGCUUUGCAGGGUUAAGGGUGCUGGGGCAGUGCACCCAGGCCACUUCAAUGAGCUUAAGUGGUCUGGAUGCCUAUAGUGUCCCUUUAAAAUUCACAUGUAAUUCUUCAAAAUUCUCACUGUUGAAUAACCCUGUAAGUGUUAGUCAACUGUGACUUAAGCUACACUAUAAUACAUUUGAGGUCUCUGUGUUAAUAAACCAGCUUGUAAAUACUGAAUUUGACGUACACAACUAGACUGUGGAAAUAAAACUACACAAGCUUUAAAUUCUUAUUUUUUUUUUAGUUCCCUGGAUAGAAAGCCAAUUAACAAGUGUAACACUUGACCAAGAGGUGGUGACUAACUGCUGUCACUAUUACAGGUUUAUUAUAAUAUGUGGGGUUAGUGUUUAAGCAAGUACACUAGCUUGCUUCUAAUAUCUCAUGGUAUGAAUGAUCUAAUAAGCAUUGGGUUAUGAUCUCAGUAAAACACAUAUAUUGCGUUUUACCAAUAAAAAUGUAUCAGUCACCUGUGUUUGAACUGAAUUUCUAGCCAUAGUGCAAGUUAUUAAGGAGUUUUCUAUUUGUAUGUUUUUGUAAGGUUAUGGCUUUUACAAAAUUACAUUUUGUUGAAAAUUAUUGUUCCUUAUAAAUUCAGUGACCAGUUGACAUUUGUAUUACUCUAACAUAGAGAAAUGCCAACGUUGAUGAAGGGUAUGUACAUAAGCAUAGUACAGUGUGUAUAGAUUUUUUUUUUUUUUUUUAUCCAAACAUAUUUGCACACUUGCGAAUUCCAGUGCCAAAGAAAAUCUAGAAAUCUAAACAUAAGUGCAUUCUGAGUCUUUGUAUAAUCAGUAAUUUGCACAAAGGUGUGUUAAUGGUCUUUUUAAAGUCAUAUUACACUAGUUUUUAAAUCACACAUCUGCAUUAUAUGGAUGGUUUUUUUUUUUUUUCAACUUCAUCAAAUAAAUAAGUCUAGUCCAUAAAUUAAGCAAAUAAAUUUAGUCCAUGGUUUCAGUCAGUCGUUUACCAUUAUGUCUUCCUGUGCUUUCUUUUCCUGCUUUAUUGGCAGUUUGUAGACACCCUUAUUGUCUGCAUUUCACAAACACUGUUUAAAAACAAAGACAUUGCUUCUUCAGUACACCUUCUCAUUUUGUACUUAUGGCAGUAGGGUAGCUCUGACACUUACACAAACUGCAUGGAACAAAUAAGAGUAGUGCAAUCAUUAAUAUCCCCUUUUGAGGCGGAUCUGCCUCUACACAGAGGGUUUCUAUUGACUGUUGUUCUAAAGUAAACCUGGUGGGUGAAUCAAAGCAAACUCUAGGCAGCAUACAAUUUGUAUAUAUUUUAUACUAUUUGAAAGCAAGGAGAGGGGGGAAAGAACACUAUGGGACGGUGGGGGAAGAAACUUUUUUGAAAUCAUCUGGGGGAAAAGUCAUUUUUGGCCAAGGGCACCCUGAAUUUUCGGUUUCAACCAAGAGUUUUCAUUUCGGUGCGUCCCUAAUUUGCAAACUUCUUUAAGAUAUACCUCGAAUUAAUACAUACAUGUAAUUAUUGUGGAUUUAUUUAUCUACUAAACAGUUAUUUUUGGUGUGCAUGUACAUAUUUUUGUGCAUUUGGCUGUACUUGUAUGUACUUGUGUAUAGUGUAUACUCGUACAUAUACACUACUUGUGUAUAUGUGUCCGUGUAUGCUGUAUAUUGUCCUUCAUGCAUAUUCUGGAACGCUUGGAUGUGAAUUCAUGCAUUCUUAAUCUAAGUAAUUUUUUUUUUUUUUUACUCUCCCCUUCUAUUCUUCAUUCUCAGGUCCUCUACCAGAGGACUCUGUGUUUGAGGGUCCUGCGCAGUAUCUUGGCUGUUCCUAGAAGGGCACUCUUCUGGACAGCAAUCUCAGAUGUCCCACCUGGAAUCUGUUGAAGCCACUUCUCUAACUUGGGAGUCACAGCCCUAUAGCUCCUAUGACAACUAUAGCCACUACUGCUUUCACUUUCCACAUGCUUUCUAGUUCUUUCAGUGCUUGGAAUUUUUCUCCACCUUCUCAUGUUCCUACUUCCUUAUGUUAUAGUCACUGAGUAUUGCCAGAUCCACCACGACUGCAGUCUUCUGUUCAAUGUCUACCACCAUGAUGUCUGGUUGGUUGGCCAGCACUUGCUUGUCUGUCUGGAUCUUGAAGUCCCACAGGUUAUUGGCCCUGUCAUUCUCAACUACCCUUUGCGGUAUCUCCCAUCUGGACUUAGGCAAGUCCAAUCCAUAUUCUGUCUACACCUACUCCAGGGAUGGGGACACUUAUCUAACCAAUCAGUGCCCUAUCCUUAAGAAUGCUGGAAACAUGGUUUGGACAUGCCUGACAUAUAUACACAUGUACAGCUGGACAAUCUCUUCAGCUUGUAAGAUACUGAUAGGGGAAGAAAGGAGUCUGAUCUGAGGAGGCUCCAGUGUAAGAUUUCUCACUCCUCCUGCUGUUGCACAAUAGUGCCCUGUUUCUGUCAUUUGUGGAUGGUGGGAGGAGGCUGAAUAAACUCCCUUAGCUUGGAGGUGUGUAAUCUGACCCAGUGUAUAGCAAGUUUAUAAACCUUUAUUACCUUUAUUAAACUUUUUGUUUUGUAUAUUUGUUUAAAAGUGAUUGGUGGUUUAAAUAACUAUAGCCAAGUGAUGCAUGUCCAUUUAACUGUGUAAACCUUUAAAAGACCUCUCCACACCCAUAAAGCACUUCAUCUUGCUUCCUGACCUGCUUUAUGGGUAAGGUGUGUUCAUAUUAUAAUGACAGUUUAUAAAAGAUCUGAUUUGUGUUCAGAAUCAGCACUACUUUAAAUAAUUAAUAAAACUCUUUGACAGCCAGGAGGUUUCUUCCUGCUUCCAUUAGCUCCCCUGAGCCAACAGAAGUGACAGGCACACCUGCAUACCUCAGACCAGUGUCCAGAACUUAGAUCAGUAUGUUGCUCACAUGUGCACACACAAGUAGGUGUGCAAGUGUGCAUGUUGGAAGCCUUUAACCCCUUAAGGACACAUGACAUGUGUGACAUGCCAUGAUUCCCUUUUAUUCCCGAAGUUUGGUCCUUAAGGGGUUAAUUGGCUAUUUUCCCUGUGAAGAGACUAAAAGUCUCUUCUGUCAAAAAACGGGAGGACUUUCAAAGGCUUUUGCAAACUUAUUUAAGAUAUACCUCGAAUUAAUACAUGCAUGUAUUCAUUGUGGAUUUAUUUAUCUACUAAACAGUUAUUUAAAUUUUAUUUCUUUUAUGGUGAGUGUAGUGUUCUUUUAAGGUAAAAGGGUGCACAAAACCUCUUUGCAUCUUAACCACUUAAUUGUCGAGAGUAUAACCUUACAGCAGUUUGAUCAGUGUUAGGGGCUUAUCUGUGUAUAAUCACUGAAAAGGAAUCUAACGUGAGUGUGUCUAAGGGAAAAUGCUUCUGGUGCAUUCUGCAAAGCACACGCCUCCCUUUUUUCACAAAAUGUCAUCCCAGUUAGAAGAAACUGUGCAGUUUAGCUAUUGAGAGAUCAUUGUGACGUUGUCCUACAGCCCGUCUCUGUCCUGUUGUCUGUAUAGUAUUUGAACAAUGUGCUAAGGGGAUGGGAGGCAUACAACUUUGUCUUAUGUAUUUUUCCUACGCUUGACAAAACUUAAAUGCGGAGGUAACUUUUGAAAGCCCUCCGCCAACAUCAUAGAUGGCGGGGGAGCCUUUUCUGUACAGGUUCUCGCAGGAUCCUUUAUUGACAUCCAUGUUGUACUAUUGUGCAUGCAUGAGAGUACAGUGCUGAUGUCGGCUUCUGGCAGGAGCUGUAGAUCAUCAGCUCCAUGUCAAUAGGAAUACAAGUGGAGCAGUCAUCUUCUGGGGUCUUUACAAAAUAUGCAGACAACAGAAGGUGACAAAGUCGCUUUAACUAUAACUAUGCACAAGUAGGUUCAUUCAGACUUUCUUUAAUGGUUAGUCUGAAUUAUCCAUUGAGUGGGUGUGAUUUGUCUGCAGAACUGGUCAAGUGUAUGGUAUUUAAUUCAGGUCUCUCUCUUUUUUUUUUUUUUUUUUUAUAUAGAGACCCCUAAUGAAACUAACAGGUUAAAGGGGAGAAAUAUUUCUGCUUUAAGCAAAUUUUAGAUAUAGACAUGCACAUCCAACAGAAGUGGGAAAAUAAUUGUGUGGAAUUUAAUUUCCAUUUGCAAUUUUUAUAGUCCUGGUUACAACUACAUUUUCAUGCAUCAACAUUUAUCUUCUACACACAGCCUCUGGCCCUUUCCUGGUCAUGCAUAAGCGCACUGUGUUUGUUUCCAAGAAGUGUGUGGAGCAGGGGUGAUAACUCUGGCACAGUGCAGUAAUUUCGUAUGCAAUGCAGUUUCACAUUUCUGUAAAUAAUUAGUUUAUCUAAGGAAGGGAGAGUGACUUUGAAUCAAACCAUAAAUCCAUUGUGUUGGUUGCAGCAACCUGCUAACCUUAUUGAAAUCAUCCUUCAUUGUGCAAGAUUUUAUCUUUAAUAUCGCUACCCCAUCUCUAACUCUUAUUAAUAUUUCAUUAUUUAUAUAGCGCCAGCAGAUUCCGUUGUGCUGUGCCUGCCCAAUGAGCUUACAUGCUAGAGGGAGUGGGGUGCUUAAGUUGUAAUCAGUUGGAGCACUAAAAGAGAUCUUGCUUGUAGUUUAGUGAUGUUGCCAAUCUUUCUACUGAAGUAGAAUCACAAUGUAUUUUAGUCAUAUAUGUGUAACAACUUAAUUAGCAGUCAUUUGUUUCUAGAUAAUAGGUAUGCUUAAAGGGACACUAUAGUGUCAGGAAAACAAAUUGGUUUUCCUGGCGCUAUAGUACCCUGAGGGUGCCCCUUAAAACCCCUUCAGUAGUUCACCUAAUUCCAGCGCUGGGCUCCCUUACCUCUCCUCCUCCGCCGAUGUCGGCAUCCUCUUCUGACGUCACAGGAGCCGAAUCAGCAGGCGCGGCACUGCCGCGCAUGCAUUCAAAGUGUCCGUAGGAAAGCAUUUUCAAUGCUUUCCUAAGGACGCUUUGCGUGAUUGAGGCAUAAUAUGCCUCAAUCGUUGCAGAUGCGCCUCUAGUGGCUGUUUGGAAGACAUCCACUAAAGGCUGGCUUAACCCCAAAUGUAAACAUAGCAAUUUCUCUGAAACUGCUAUGUUUACAUCAGGAAUGGUUAACCCUAGAGGGGUUCAUUGAGCUGGAGUGGUCUGGGUGACUAUAGUGUCCCUUUUAUGUGUGAUCUCCGAUAGUUAUUUAUUUUACUAAUUACCUAAACCUUUGUUUCAGAGUUACAAAUGUCUCAACUGGUAAAUAUUUUUACUCAAUUUAAUGAAACUAUCAAAAAUACAGUGACUUCUGGCUACAAUCAUUGCAGGUUAAAACUUGAUUUUGUAGCCUGAUUUUUAUCUUUGUGUGAGAACAAAUUCAAUCUCAAUUUUGUAAAGAAUGAAAGGAUCUUUUAUAUUUUGUUCCUUUCUCUCUCUGCUGGUAAAAUUGGCUGUCCGGGUCUUGAACCUCUCCAGGACCACAUGAUGUGCUAUGUCAUCAAACAGUGCAGGGCUUUAACACUUUAAUCUUGUGUUUAAGGUACUAGAAUGGUUAGAUUUCAGCUAGAAUCAAGGAGCCCCAGGUAUCAUUCAAUAACAGAGGGUCUGCUCUGUUAGCUGGGGGCACAUUUAGUGUCCCCAGACUGAUAGAUGAACUGUGUACAGUGCACAAAGUAAGCACUGUACACAGUCCUUUAAGUCCACAUAAAGCCUGAUUCUUUGUCUUGCCUGCCUUCAGUCUAAGGGAGACAACAAGGGUCUGAAAAGACCCAUCGGUCUCUGUAGUUUGUGGCUUUGCCAGUUGACCAGCUCUUAUCACUGACCAGCAGGAACAGCAUGCAUAGCCUUCUCAUGCUGCAAUUGCACAGUAGAGGGCACUAACAGUAAUUUUUACAGAUUGACCUGGGAAAUCUUUCUGCUGGUGUCAGCAGAGGAAAUCCCUCUGAGUAAGUGAUGGUGUUUGAGGUAGAAAAAGGAGAAAUAGUGCCAAUGUUUGCUGCUUUUCAGUCCGUUGACAGUGUCACUUUACCAAACUGCAUUCCUAGUAAGUAAGCAAAGAGGCAUGUCAAAGUUAGGGCAUGUCUGUUAUUUGAACCUACAGUCCCUCAAACUACUGACAAAGGUUGUACAUGUGAGGUGUACCUGAGAACAGUAGAAAACAUACAAAUAUGUUGUCUUCACAACGGUGGGAAAAUUUUCAUGAAAAUCAAAAUUUUUAAUUUAACCAUCAUGUUUUACAGUUUGAUGAUAACAUAGUUAAAUUAAGAGUCAAUGCUCUUAGUUACAUAACCCGAAGGGUUCUACUUUCUACGCAGCGGUUUUGAAUUAUGUAAAAGUCCAGAGAAUUUGAUUUGCACGCUCUAUAUUUCACCCAGCAACUUUCCAAACACCAUAAAACCUGUUUCAUCAGUGAAAGGGGCAGGGUUUUGUUUUUUUUGCGUAAAAAACCCAAAUAUGAACACUUUGACCAGGGUUUGUGACUAAAGGCACACUAUAGGCACCCAGACCACUUCAGCUCAUUAAAGUGGGUGCAGUUUCCCAGCAAAGGUAAUUAUUGCAGUUUUUUGUAAACUGCAAUAAUUCCCUUUAUGGGUUAAAGGACCACUAUAGUGCCAGGAAAACAUACUCCCGCCUCCCCCUCCUGCCCGGCUAUAGGGAGAGGAAGGGGUUAAAACUUACCUUUUUCCCAGUGCCGGGCGGGGAGCUCUCCUCCUCCUCUCCGCCUCCGAUCCUCCCUUUCGGCUGAAUGCGCACGCGCGGCAAGAGCUGUGCGUGCAUUCAGCCUGUCUCAUAGGAAAGCAUUUAAUGAGCUGAAGUGGUCUGGGUGCCUAUAGUGUGCCUUUAGUCACAAACCCUGGCCAAAGUGUUCAUAUUGGGGUUUUUUACGCAAAAAAAAACAAAACCCUGCCCCUUUCACUGAUGAAAUGGGUUUUAUGGUGUUUGGAAAGUUGCUGGGUGAAAUAUAGAGCAUUUACAAUGCUUUCCUAUGGAUGCUUGCGUGUUCUCACUGUGAUUUUCACAGUGAGAAUCACGCAAGCGCCUCUAGCGGCUGUCAAUGCGCCUCUACGGUUGAACAGAUAUAUAAUGCAAAUUCAAGGUUUUGUUUGAGUUUUGAUCUAUAUAUUUAUUACUGGAAUUUAUAAAGCGUCAACCGAUUCCGCAGUGCUGUACAUUUACUAGAGACGUACAAUAUACACAGACAAAUACAAAAGGUAAAGAGAGCCCUGCCCAUAAGCUGGCCAUUGAAGCUCUUUUAUACAAAGUGAACUUGUACGACUGCCUCAGUCCUUAAGGGAUUAAACAGCAACUAGAUGCAUACUUGCAAAAAACACAAUAUUCAGUGAUAUCAUUUUUCAACUGUAGGGUAAUAGCUUCUUGAUCCAAGGAUAAAUCUGACUGCCAUUCUGGGGUCAAGAGGGAAUUUUUUCCCUAGUUUGUUGCAAAAUUGGAAGUGCUUCAAACAGGGUUUUUUUGCCUUCUUUUGCAUCAACAUCAAAAAACAAAUGUGAGGACGGCUGAACUUGAUGGACACGUCUCUUUUCAGCCUAUGUAGCUAUGCAGUUUUUCUUUAAAUAAUGGUCAUGCUGCAGUGAACAAGAAUAAGGGAACACUUCACACAGGUUUGCAUUAAUGUUAAUAUAUGUUAAAUAUUCUUGUGUUCCCUUAAAAAUACAAAUGUAACAAUUAUGGUCUGACAUUUCCUCUGAUGAAAUACAGUAGCAAAGUGGUGCAAGAUUAUACACCUAUGGCUAAAUCCAGAUUUAAAGUCUUACACAAACUGCUAAUUGUUUUUUGUUUUACUUUUUUGGUGUUUUUUUCCAUCACCUCAUGCAAAAUUAUAUCUGUAAUUCUGUAUCAUUUGGCCCCCCUCCCCCCCCCCGAAAAAUAAAAAUAGUGUAAUGGGAGGUCUAUCCUCAUUAUGUAGCAGACAGCACUGUCUCCACAUCAGUGUUUGUUAGUACCCAUGCCUCUAGAAAGUUAUUUCUGUUGAAAUUCUCACUGGUGGGACAUAGACAAACACAUGUGUGGGUGCACGUAAUAUGUCUGUGUCUGGGACACACACUGGUGGGAAACACACACACACACACUGGUGGGAAACACACACACACACACUGGUGGGAAACACACACACACACACUGGUGGGGAAACACACACACACUGGUGGGAAACACACACACACACACACACUGGUGGGAAACACACACUGGUGGGGAAACACACACACUGGUGGGGAAACACACACACUGGUGGGGAAACACACACACACACUGGUGGGGAAACACACACACACACUGGUGGGAAACACACACACACACUGGUGGGGAAACACACACACACACUGGUGGGGAAACACACACACACACUGGUGGGGAAACACACACACACACUGGUGGGAAACACACACACACACACACACUGGUGGGAAACACACACACACACACUGGUGGGAAACACACACACACUGGUGGGAACACACACACUGGUGAGGCUACACACACACACACACACACACACACACACACACACACUGGUGGGAAACACACACACACACACUGGUGAGAAACACACACACACACACACACACACACUGGUAGAGAAACACACACACACACACUGGUGGGAAACACACACACACACACACACACACACUGGUGGGAAACACACACACACACACACACACACACUGGUGGGAAACACACACACACACUGGUGGGAAACACACACACGCACUGGUGGGACAUGCUCGCUCACGCACAUUCUUUAAACAGCAGAUCAUUUCUGUUUGUUUGUUUGCAUGGAAAUAAAUUUGUUCUAUUUUUUUCUGAUAGGGUGCAGAUGUAAACCGCAUGCUCGAAGGUGGUCGCAAGCCUCUACACUAUGCAGCUGACUGUGGACAGGAUGAGAUUGUUGAGUUUCUUCUAGCAAAAGGAGCCGAUAUCAAUGUAUGUAACUAGGAUUGGGUGAUUCCAUGCAAGUUCUGUUUGGUGAGAGUCAGGGCUCAAAAUUGGCGAAUCAUUGGUGGGUGAAAAUUAAGCUUUGGUGAGUGUGAUAUGGACCCACUAUGUUUGAAGUGGCAAGUAUUUUUAUUUUUUUAUUUUUUUUAAUCCUGGCAAGUGGUUUAGAGCCUGAAAUUCUAUCCCUGGUUGGACCAGUUGCAUACCUGCAAGUUACUUGGAGCAUGCUGUCCUUUCAAGAAUAUUUGCUACCAGCUCAGUUUGGCUGGUGUGUAGAUAAAGCAAUGUUAAGCUAUGAAAGAUGUCAAAAUAUAGUAGCCCAGCUAACUAGAGAAACGGUUUGAAAAUGAAGUGUGAUCAUUUAUUCUGGAUAAUAAGUUUGCAAUAUUUUUUAUUUGCAUAAAAUCAUGCACAUAAUUCACAUUAGCCAGGUCUAACUUUUAUUCCACAACCUUCCUAAACACUUCCUGUAAAGAGUCAUCUAAUGUUUGUUGCAAAUUCUGUUUAAUUUCAAAUUUCUUAUCUUCUCUUUUAAUACCUUUAAAACCUUGCUAGAUCCUGCAGGAGACUCGUGUAUGUAUUUAAAUAUCAAUUUACAGAGCAAGACAAAAAUCGUUUAAACUAAGCUACAUUAAAAAUAAAACCAUUUUGUUUUCACGUAGGCAAUGUCAGUCACGGGCCAGGGGAUGUACAGCUAGGGCUGCAUAAAUGGAAACAAAAUUGAGUAGCACUGCCCCAGGAAGCACCUCUAAUGGCUGUGAGAGUAGUGGCCUCUAGAAGUGUUCAUUGGCACAAAUGUAAACUUUCUCCGAAAGGGCAGUGUUUAUAGCAAAAGGCCUGCAAUGACUGACUAGACACCAGAACAACUACAUUAUACUGUACUUGCUCUGGUGACUAUAUAGUGUCCCUUUAAUAUGGCAUGAGGCCAGUUGACUUCUAGCACGAUAAACACUACAAUGGGUUGUAGUGGUUAUGGUGCCUAGAUUAUCCCUCUGAAGCUGUGAAGUACAAAUAUACCGUGUCUGUUAACAACUUUAAUUUUUGUGUCCUAUUGGGUGUUAAUCUCAGCAUUCCCGCUUCAUUUUAUUUAAUAGGCUCCAGAUAAACAUGGGAUUACCCCACUUCUGUCUGCCUGCUAUGAGGGCCACCUCAGAUGUGUCAAGCUUCUUCUCUCAAAGGUAAGAAUAUAGAAUAAAGGGCUAUAAUUAACUGAUAUAUUUUAUAUCUUAGCUAGGCAGCUACUUAACUCAAGUACUGCAAAAUACAAAAACACACAUUCUUGAGCACAGGGACAUUUUUAAAAUGUUAGCGCAGAGAAAUGUCUAUAUUCUUGACCAAGUAGCCAAGAAAUGUACCUGUUCAACACCUAUCACUGUAGGUUUUAGAACAGCAGGACACCCCCUAGAAUGACUAGGCUUCUGAAUCCAUUUUGAGUUGUUGGUGAGGAAUCAGCUAGUGAACUAAAUAUAUUUUGAGGCUUAAUAAAAAUCUGAUUAAAGUCCAUGUUUUUUACUGUCUUUAUUUUAAUUGUGGCCACACAGGAAACAUAACAGGCACGUUUUAGUUAUGCCCACACAGGAAACAGAACAGGCACAUUUUAAGUCUUUUUAGCUCAGAGCAUGUACUUUUGACCAAGUAACCAAAGCAUAUUCCUGUCCAAAACAUGCUUGACACAUAGGUUAAUACUUGUACCCACAAGCUCAAUCCAAUACCAACGUAGGUUGCUGAAAUGUUCAUGUGGCCACAUGCAGAAUUGCAAGUAAAUACUUUCUGAAUCUGUACAAUUUUUUUAUUUUUUUUAGAGGCACUCUAGGCACCAUUACCACUACAGCUCAAUAAUGAUUAUGGUGCUUGGAAUUCUCUUUACUUACAAAUGUUUAUACAGAUGCAGCUUUUUUUAACCCUGAGACCAGAUUGUUGAAAACCUGUGUACCUUGCUGUACAAUUGGGUUAUUGUCUAUAUGAUUUGCAAUAUUACUAGCUGUUGUGUUUUUUUUUUCUUGUUUUUGAGAUUUAUUGCACUAUUAUCAAAGAAACAUGGAGUGGAUGCAUGUAUUUUAGAGAGAUCAUUCUGACAGCAUUAUGAAUUGUCUGUAAACUUACAAACAUUUCAAUGGAUAAUCAAAGGUAGGUUGACAUCUGUAAAAAGGCAGUCAUAUACCUUAAGUCAACAUAAUAGCACUGCCCCAGGAAGCAAACAUUUCAAUGGAUAAUCAAAGGUAGGUUGACAUCUGUAAAAAGGCAGUCAUAUACCUUAAGUCAACAUAAUAGCAUUAUGUUGACUUAAGGUAUAUGACUGCCUUUUUACAGAUGUCAACCUACCUUUGAUUAUCCAUUGAAAUGUUUGUAAGUUUACAGACAAUAGGAAAUACAUUUAGUAAAAUAGCUACAGAUGCUUGGCAUAGACUUCCACAAAGAUGGUAGGGACUGUAAACUAUUGUAAUAUUUGUAAUCGUUAUACAAUGCUGCUGUCAGCAUGAAACAUACGAAAUAUAAAUAUAAUUUACAUGAGAAUAAGCUUACGGGAAUGGCUAACUGGCGUUAUAACUUGUCUGUUGAUGUCACUUUUAAAAGACACACACACUUAUUUAUUAAAAGGAAACUAUUACUUUCCAGGACUUGAUCUCAAUGAAGUGUUGUGGGUGCCAUGUGCACCACCAUAACUCUGCUGUUGAAAAUGUUUCUGUUCUACAUGAAAAAUAAUGUUUACAUUGUGGGGUUAACCUGCCUGUAGUGGCUCUCAGCAGAUUAAAACUAUUUUAGUCAGAUGAUGCCAUAGAGACACCAUUUUGCCACUUGGCUGAGAACAUUGUCAAUGCAUAUGAUGUAACCUGUUUCUUCAUAGAAUAAUAGUUUGUAUUUGUGUGCAAAUAUACACUAUAAAUAUGCAUAAUUGCACUUACAAUGCACACUAUAUGACUAGACUUUGGUCUCAUGUUACAGAAAGUGGAAGAUUUAAGAAUCAUUCUGCAUUUCCCGCAAACUCAGUACCCAACACUUAAUCUGUCAUUAGUCAAACAAGCAGAACAACAUUUCUAAUUGACCUGCUAUUUAAGAUGAAAUAGAAAUGUGCCUUAUGUGCUAUUCAUGCCUAUGACACUGUUAAAGAACCACUAUAGGCACCCAGACCACUCCAGCUCAAUGAAGUGGUCUGAGUGCCAGGUCCAUCUAGGGUUAACCCUGCCUGCUGUAAACAUAGUAGUUUCAGAGAAACUGCUAUGUUUACAAUAGGGUUAAUCCAGCCUAAAGUGGCUGUCUCAUUGACAGCCGCUGGAGGUGCUUUUCACUGUGAUUUUCACAGUGAGAAGACGCCAGCGUCCAUAGUAAAGCAUUGAGAAUACUUUACUAUGGAAUGGCUGAAUGCGUGCACGGCUCUUGCCGCGCAUGCACAUUCAGCCGAUGACCGAAGGAGGAGGAGAGGGAGCUCGGCGCUGGAAAAAGGUGAGUGUUUAACCCUCUUCCUCCCCCUUCACCCUGGCGGGAGUGGGACCCUGAGGGUGGAGGCACCCUCAGGGCACUAUAGUGCCAGGAAAACGAGUAUGUUUUCCUGGCACUAAAGUGGUCCUUUAAAGUGUCACUCAUGAAAAAAUAUGUCUUUUGUAAACAGCAUAAUUUUAUCUUAAGCAACAAACUGUUGAGACUGAAAGCAGCCAAUUUGGCCUUAAUUCCAGCUAUAACAGAUAAUCAUGGCCCUGUAGGCCCUCCAACUCAACUCUAGAGCAGGAUAGCUUUUUUUUUUUUUUUUUCUUCUUCUUCUUCUAAUACCACACAUAUGAUUUACCCCUGCACAUUUUGUUCCCCCUAACAUGUGAUAUAAACCUUGGAUAAUAAAACGUAAUCAUGAAAGCAAGAGACCUGAGGCUGAAAAAAAAAAAAAAAAAAUGUAUCCAUACCUAAAUUUGUGUUUGCUUUUGGUAUUCAUAGAUGUCCUAUGUUCUAGUUUCCCAAAAUGUAGAGACAAAUUUAACCUAUAAUUGCUCAAGUUGGUAGAUCUUUGUUACAAAUACGGGGGUUCUGCAUUUUAUGACUACCACCGAUCCUGUUCAGCCUAGACGGCAGCAGCCUUGGUGCAAUUCAAUAUCAAAGUAGACUGGAGCCAGUUGGAUAUAGAGAUAUUUUGAAAGCCUAUGCCCUACCGAAACCAACACAGCCAUCCACAUCCUAAUCUCACUGCAAGACCUGAACAUAGAGAGAUAAGACAAACUGGGAAGACUUUUUUUGUUUUCCUUGGAAAUUCCCAAAUCUGUAAUCAUUUUGACCCCUGAACAUGAGGUAUCAGUGUUUGUAGGCUGACAUGUUUGCUCAGUAUGUUUCAGGGCACACACAGUCUGUGCCCAAAUAAAAUGUGCACUAAACAAUAUUUAUAAUAUGUAUAUCAAAGUUGAUGUUCUGAACCAGCAUUUCAGUUGGCAUUUGUCUAUUUAAUGCACCAUAUGGUUCUAAAUCAAAUUAAUUUUAUUUUUGUGUGCCAGUUUUGUGUUUUACAAGUUGCUUUAUGGCAUGCUUGCACCAGAUACCUUGAAUACAAUCCAUUUCUAACAAAGUGAAUGAAGCUCAACAAGAAUCUUUUAUUUUUAUUUUAUUAAAAACCUCUGUUCUUUUGUAACCUACAAUUGAUGAAUCGUUGCAAGGACUUGUAUACUUUGCCAAGUUUUUUUUUUUUUUUAAUGUAGAAAAGAAACCAAGAAGCAGUGGCUUUUAAUUUCCAAAUAGCUUUGUUGGAAUUUCUGUUACUUCGCUUUUGACAAACCUGCUUCCUCUGUGUUAAGAUUAUAUUGUGAAUAUUGUGUUCUUUCUUUAACUUGCUUAAACUCAAUUUUGCAUUCAGCAAUGUGAAACAAAAUGUUUUUUGUAGAAGUCAGUUCUUAUUUUGGGUUUUAUUCCAACGUGUUUUUGAGCACAAUGUGUGUGCAAUAGCAAUACCUAAAUUAAUAUGAUGGAUGCUACUGAAAACAAAUACAUGCCAGUGCAGAAUGAAUUGUUGUGUGUGCUAGGCUUCUUUUCAGUUCUGGCAGUUGAUUAUGUAGUAUCUGAAUCUCUGCUCUCAAAUCUCUGACUGCAUUUUGCAGGCUGUCAAAAGGUUUUCUAGUGAAACCAGUGCUGCAUUAAUUGUAUGUUACGUAGCAAAAUAAGACGUAGUUUAGCAUUUUACUUCAGUGCAGAAAAACAUCUAUACGUUUCGUCUAUUCCCACUGUAUAGCGUGAUUCUAUUUAUUUAAAUCUAUAAGUGUGUGUGUGUGUGUGUAUAUAUAUAUAUAUGUGUGUGUGUGUGUAUAUAUGUAUGUAUGUAUAUAUAUAUAUAUAUAUAUAUAUAUAUAUAUAUAUAUAUAUAUAUAUAUAUAUAUAUAUAUAUAUAUAUAUAUAUAUAUGUGUGUGUGUGUAUAUAUAUAUGUAGGAUUGUCACAGAUCUUGCAGUAACCACAGCCUUCUAGGGUAUACAAAGUCCAGGACACAUUCAGCUCGGUUUUCCUUUUUAUUCAAUAAGAAAACAGGUGCUUUAAAUAAUAACAAAACAAACAAAAUCCCUUGCUCUUACUUGAGCUCUUACUAGACAGGAAUUGCUAUCUGCAAUUGGGUGGCUUUCCCACUUACCAAUUUUCCAAACAAAAGAAAUGUCUUUUGUAAUAAACACAAUUGUCAUUCACUCUCCUAGCUGUCUUUUCCUCCCUCACUCUGCAGCAGGCUGCCCUCUUCUUUUAAAGGCCUGUCUACUAAUUGACUAGCUACAGGUGAGUGCCAAUUAAUUAACUCGUAAGUCAGAUCCAAAUAGUGGUCUGUUACACAGCAACUAAUGCUGUUGGAGCAUUGGCCCACCCUGCUCUCCAAAUACUCCGCCCCAGGGACCCAUACCAUGUUUUGCAGAGCAUCAGCUAUGCAUAUUGCAAACUUUAACAUCUCUCCCUGGGGCAUUUAACUGAAAAUCCUCUGGUUGCUGUUUAGCAAAUCAGGCCUGAUGGAUCUUCCAUCAACCACUAUUCCACUUUUACGCUCACAAUAUAUAUAUAUAUAUAUAUAUAUAUAUAUAUAUAUAUAUAUAUAUAUAUAUUGCUUUCAGUGUUUGUUUAUACAACACACACCAUCUAAAUCACAUUUUAACUGUCACAAAUAGCUCCAAUAUAGCAUGCAUAAUAUACAACUUGUGCCCUAAAUGGUAGUGAAUUAGGGAUAACACAUUUGGAAAUUGUUAUAGACCACAAACUAGGCAACAAUGGGCAAUAUCAAUCAGCAGUGACUAAGGCCAGUAAGGUAUUGUCAUGUAUAAAAAGGGGCAUUAAUUCUCGGGAUGAGAAUAUAAGUUUACCUCUUUAUAAAUGGUAAUACCACAUCUUAAAUAUGCUGUGCAGUUUUGGGCACUCUAAAGAAGGAUAAUAUGGCACUAGAAAAAGUGCAGAGGCAGGUUACAAAAUUAAUAAAAGGUUAACACAUUUAAACCUCUUUAGUUUAGAAAAACAGCGACUCAGAGGCGAUGUGAUGUUUUACAAAUAUAUCCGGGGCAAAUACAAACCUUUGUCUGGAAAUCUAUUCACAAGCAGGACUAUACAUACAACACUAGCUCACACAUUGAGACUGGAAGAAAGGAGAUUUAGUCUAAGGCAAAGGAAAGGUUUUUUUUUUUUUUUAGUAAGAACAAUAAGGAUGUGGAAUUUCCUGCCUAAAGUGGUUUGCCUGAAGUCCUUACAAAUGUUUAAACAGCAACUAGAUGCAUACUUGCAAAAACAUAAUAUUCAAGGAUAUAAUUUUUUUAACUGUAGGGUAAUAGCUUUUUGAUCCAGGGAUACAUCAUACUGCCAUUCUGGGGUCAAGAAGGUUUUUUUUCCUAGUUUUUUUGCAAAAUUGGAAGUGCUACAAACAGUUUAUUUAUUUAUUUUGCCCUUAUUUUGAACAGCAAAACACAGGUGUGAGGAAGGCUGAACUUGGACGCAUGUCUAUUUUCAGCCUAUGUAACUAGGUAGAGGAGUGUUAUUGAAUGUGAGAGAGAAACUAGUUCCUAGUAGGGGAUUAGAAGUGAGAAUGAACGGUAUUGAGAAGGGGUAUAUGGGUGUGGAAUUGGGUUAAAAGGUGUGGUAGAGAGGGAGCACAGGAAACGAGUAGAUUUAUAGUGGGAUACAAAAGAGGAGAUUGUGGUUAGAUUUGUAUACAAAUGCGAGGCAUUUAAAAAUAGACAGCUGAUAAAUUGGAAACCAAAGAAUUUUUUGAUUAGGCGUGGCCUGUUGAAAGAUGUCGGCAGCUGAAUUUUGAAUUGCUGGAGGGGAGAGAUGGAGUGGUGAGUAGGCCAAGCAGGAAAGUGUUGCAGUAGUCUAACCUAGGUGAGUAUGAGGGAGUGGAUAAGUCGUAUAGAAGCACAGAAUGUGAGAUGAGGGCAGAUCAUCUGGAUAGUGAAGAGAUGAAAGCAACAGAAGGAACAGUGGUUAUAUGUUUCUUGUAGAGCAGAGAAGAAUCAAAGGUGAUAUCUUUGUUGCAAGAUGUGGUUAAAUGAAAAAAUGGUCAGUGGACUGAAGAGAAUAGAAGCGAGUGGAACGGUAGUUGAAAGAGAUGGGAUUGAAGGAACAGUCCUUUCUGGUUUUUUUUGUUUUCUAAAAAAUUUGAGAGGAGAGAUAAGGAGAAGAUCUGCAUAUCAUUUGCAGAGAAAUGGGCAUUGAAGCAAUGAGAGGAUGUAUUCCAUCAGUGGGGGAGUGGAGAGAGAGGGGACAGGAACUGAGCCUUGCAGUACACAGACUGUAAGAGGAAUGUGUGGUGUUGAUGUAUUGUUAAAUGAGACUGUGUAGUUGUGACCAGAAAGGCAGAAUGAGAACCACAAGAGGGCUGUAAUACCAAGGUUUGUCUGGGUAAAGAGAAUGGUAGGAUGAUUGACUGUCAAAAGCAGCAGACAGAAUGGAAAUUAAAGAGAACUUAUAAAAACUUAUAUUAUACUUAUAUUUGUAUAAUAUAUUAUAAAAUAAUGAAAGCAUUUUAUAAUAUAUUAUACAUAUAUAAUGCAUAUAUAUGAUUUCAUUAUAAGUGUACUUUGAGAUAUAUACUGAUAUAUCUCAAAAUACUUAUAUUGAAAUCAUAUAUAUGUAUAAUAUAUUAUAAAAUGCUUUAAUUAUAAUAUAGUAUACAUGUAUGGGAAAGUGUGUGUGUGUGUUUGUGUAUAUAUCUAUAUGUGUGUAUGUAUGUAUGUGUGUGUGUGUGUGUGUGUGUGUGUGUGUAUAUAUAUAUAUAUAUAUAUAUAUAUAUAUAUAUGUAUGUGUGUGUGUGUGUGUGUGUGUAUGUACCCAAACGUUUGAUACCCUAGGGUGUCUACUUUUAAAAUAGGACAUGGGUGCAUAAUGACCAGCACCCUCCAAAUAAGGUAUUUUAGCCCCUAGAGAAUAUGACACACCUAUACAUUGGGGGGGGGAAUCACUGUACUCAAGAGAUGUUGCUGAACACAUGUUGAGGUGUUCUUUGGCAGUAACCCUUUUGUCAAAAAAAUCAAUUAUUUUAUUUAUUUUUUAAUUUGACAUAGAUUGGUGGUAAAAUGGUUGCAUGAAAAGAGUCAAAAUACCCCAAGUUUAAAGGAUCACUAUAGGGUCAGGAACACAAACAUGUAUUCCUGACCCUAUAGUGUUAAAACCACCAUCUAGCCCCUCUGGGCCCCUCAUGCCUCCAUAAAUAUAGCAAAAUCUUACUGUAUUCAAGCCUGAAGCUGUAGAUUUGCAUACUGUUUGGCUCAGAAAAACAAGCUGUCUGCUGACAUCAUCAGAAGUGGUAGCCUGAUCCAAUCACAAUGCUUCCUCAUAGGAUUGGCUGAGACUGACAAGGAGGCAGAUCAGGGACUGAGCCAGCGUGAUUGAAACACAACCCUGACCAAUCAGCAUCUCCUCAAAGAGAUUAAUUGAAUCAAUGGAUCUCUAUGAGGAAAGUUCAGUGUCUGCAUGCAGAGGGAGGAGACACUGAAUGUUUGGAUGCAUUUUAGGCAGCCAUGACCCAGGAAGGAUCUCUAACAGCCAUCUAUGGAGUGGCCAGUAAAGUUAUCACUAGGAUGUAAUUUAAACAUUGAAUUUUCUCUGACUGAAGAAGCUCUAUUUGAGAAUGAAACGCGUAUUGGCCAUUUUUUAAAGCACUUUUAUUGAGGACUUUUUAAAACAUUUGUUUUUAAAUUUAUUAUACACCAAUACAUUUAUUUUACUUAAGAUCCCACUUAAGUCCUUUUUGGAGCCUCCAGAGAAUCUCCAUAGGGGUAGUGACAUCCCCAUUCAAAUUGGCACAGAAUCUAUGUACCUAGAGCCGGGACCCAUAGGCUCAGGACCAGGUGAGCACCACAUUUACUAACACAUAUUUGUGUUUUUAUGAUCGCAAUCUACACAUUGGUCCGCUCUCCCUCUUUUUGUCUUUGAGAAUUACUCCAAAUCGAAGUAGAAGGGUGGUGCUACCAUAAUAAGCACACAAGCCUCAAUACGGAGCCAGCUAAUGCAAGCCUUUCUUUCUGAUUUAAAAUGUAAUAUUUUGGAAAAAGAUUUAUAUAGACAUAGUCUUAAUAUAUGCAUAUUUUUUAAUAUUUUAAUAUGUUGUAAAAAUAAUGUAAAAGUUUAUUCAAAAAGGUGGGCAUAAUUGGUAAAAUGGUUAGAUUUUUGGUUAAAUGGAAGACUAUUGCGUAUCUCACACACACAAAAAAAAAAAAUAUGAAGUGUAAAGAACCAAACGGACUAUUGCAUACAAAUGGUAAAAUAAAAUAAUUCAUAACUCCUUCAUGCAGUAUUCCUUUAUUCGUGUGUUUUGGUCUCCUACAAAGACCCGUAAUCAGACCAAGGAAUACUGCCUGAAGGAGUUCUGGACUAUCUAGUGUUGUGUAUUUAUAUAUUUUUUUUGUUUUGUUUUUUUUAUUUUUUUUAUUAUAACUAUUAUACCUGGUUUUGGCUGAACUGUGAUCCAGGUCAUCGUUAGAGAAAGUACGUGCAUAGUGUUUGGAGCGUUGGCUAGGAGCAGAUGAAUUCGGUUUAUUAUUACAAGGGGCUGUUUACAUGGGGAAAAAAAAUGGAUCUAUAGCAAUUGCUUAAAAGCUGCACAUAUCUUGAAACAUUUAAUAUUCAGGGACACUGCUUAAUUUCUUAAAGUCUGUAUAAACACCACAAACACUGCAAGGUAUGCAUUACUAGGAGCACCCUGAGCCCACUCCUAUUGCUAAGAGUGGUGAGAUGAAGUGGUCUGGUUGAGUUUAGUGGUCCUUUUAAUGGGUAUCUGUGUGAGACACUCUCAUCAAGAUCCUUUACUUAUUGGGUAAAGGAGGGUUUAUAAACUAUUGAGUUAAAAACUAUAUGUAUAUAUUGUUAAUAAAUACUUGCUGUUUUUGAUGACUUUUUUUUUAUCAUCAUUUAGACUGCAGUGCAAAAACUGUUACGCCCUAUUCUUAGCGGCUCUAAACGCCGCAGGGCGUAAUAGUACGCCCUCCGGUAUUUUGCUACCCGGUCGCCGGCGGUCAGGGUACUCACCUGGGAUUACAGGGAGUCCUCCGCGGCGGAUCCUGCCUCCUCCGCCACGGCCAUGUGAGAGUGAGGUCCUUACGAGGACCUCACAAUCACAUGGCCUGGUUAGCUGGCUGCUGCAUUGCCAGCAGGGGGACUGGCUGUAAUGACAGAACACAAAUAUUAGUGUUUCAAAACAAUAAAUGUAUUACAACGAUGAUAUCGCCAGUAAAAGUUAAGUUUUUUGCAUUUUUCACGCACAAACAGCACACGGACGAUAUUAUUGCUGUGAUACUUUUUACUGUUUUGAAACACACAUAUUUGUGUUCAGCGAAGUCUCCCGAGUACAACAGUACCCCUCAUGUACAGGUUUUAUGGUGUUUUCAAAAGUUACAGCGUCAAAUAUAAGGCUUGUGUUUCAUUUUUUUCACAUUAAAAUUCGUCAAAUGUAUUUCAAAUGUAAUGUGCUAUAUUUGACCCUGUAACUUCCCAAAACACCACAAAACCUGUACAUGGGGGGUACUGUUUUACACGUGAGACUUUGAAUACAAAUAUGUGUAUUUUAUUGCAGUAAAAGCAAACCGUAUUAUGACAUUGACAGUUAAAAUGUCAUGUAGAACUAAAAAAAAUAACAAUUUCUUAUUUUCUCCCAUUUUUUUCAUAUUAAAUUGUUUCAUAGUUAAAUAUUUGAUAUUAAAUGAAAGCCCUGUUUCCCCUGAAUAAAAUGAUAUAUAAUAAGGGUGGGUGCAUUUUUAUAUGAAAGAGGUGAAUUAUUGUUUGGAUAGACAUAUAGCGCAAACGCCAGGUUUUGUUUACGUUUUGUUUUGUUCACAACGUGUACAUUUGGCUCAGUCCUUAAGGGGUUAAAUACAACACUUUUGUUUGUAAAAAUAUGUGCUACGGUAUAAUCAUCAUUUUAUGUGAACGUAUCCCCUCGAAGUCAUACACAAAGGAGAAGUGACAUUGAAAAGUAAUUUUGCUCAUAUUAAAAGCUUAUCACCUGUCCUGCCUUUCAUUAUACUAUCUGGUUCCGGUUGGCUAAGGUUCCUUUAUCACCAGCUAUAUGCAGGUCGUUACAGGAGCCCCCAUUAGUUUUGGCGAAGUGUAAUAAAUGAUCUGUCUAGCAGCAGAGACACAGGGAAGAAAGAUAACAUCACAUUCUAGAAAGCCGUUCAUCUUUCUAGGAAAAGAUCAGUGUUCGGCAAGAAGUCUGAAUGCAUGGCAAGCAUCCCACGUUAUGUACCUGGCAAAUUCAUGGGAAGGGUUUGCAUGUCAGAUUUAACUUUGCACUUUUGCAGUGAAAGGAAGUGAUCAGAAGAUUGCUGCAGCGAGACAGAUAAGUCUUCAAGCAUUCAUCAUAAGACAUGUUAACACCAGACAAUGAGCUCUACACAGAGUUUAGAAAAAGUUAUAAAAUGAUAGAAUAAACAGGAUAUACACCCUAUUUAACCCUAUGCAUGUCAAAUGGAUUAAAAUUAACUAAAGUAUGUAAUAUAAAAUGGUCAAUUAAUGGAGGAGCAAUGUUUGAAGAUAGUAAUAAUUCAGUGAGGUAUGAACUCUGAUAAUCAUGCUGUCAUUUUCACCAGACUCAAACCCCACAUACUCCCCACUCUUUUUCACAAAAUGUCUUUGAAGGUACACGGUCAAGCUCAGCCAAUGAGAGAUCCAUAUGACCUGAGCUGCUUACUUGAAUCCUGCAUCUCAGCUAGCCAGUCUUGUUAAAUGUUUAACUCAUUUCCUUCAGUUAGUGCCUACUAAAUAUGUUAACUGAAAAUCAAUUAAAUGCAGAAUUUAAUUAAGAUUAUUCUUCAUUGAGUUUCAUUUUGAGAUUAAUAUCCAAUUUACCAGAAUGUGUUCCUGUUACUAUAACUAGUUUUAUCAGCUGUGUCCUUCAAAUGUAUAGAAAUCCAGUCAUGGCUGCUUUUUUCGUCUUUUGAAAGUUGCGUUUGUUUAGUUUUUUUGUUUUUGUUUUUUGACACCGUAUACAAUAAUUUUGCCUGUCAUUAAUAAUAAGUAAUAACUUUUAAAGGACCACUAUAGGCACUCAGACCACUUCAGAUCAAUGAAGUGGUCUGGGUGCCAGGUCCAUCUAGGUUUAACCCUGCAUCUGUAAACAUAUCUGUUUCAGAGAAACUGCUAUGUUUACAAUAGGGUUAAUCCAGCCUCUAGUGACUGUCUCAUUGAGGCUCUUCUGUGCUUCUCACUGUGAAAAUCACAUUGAGAAGACGCUGACGUCCAUAGGAAAGCAUUUCUCAUUAAUCACUGACGUCGAAAGAGGGAGGAGAGUUCCCCAGCGCAGAGGGACCCCGGCGCUGGAGAAAGGUAAGACUUUACACCCUUCCUCCCCUUCAGCCUGGAGAGAGUGCGACCCUGAGGGUGGGGGGGACCCAAAGACCAUACAGUGCCAGGAAAAUGAUUUUGUUUUCCUGGCACUAUAGUGGUCCUUUAAAUAAAACUUUUUAUAGUGCUCAAAUUCUUGUACAAAGAAAGCUUUUAAUUUUUUACACAACAUUUCUGCCUAAAUCUGCAUUUUCUAAAGUUAUUAGACUCCACCACAAUCUAUUCUCGAUCCCAGUAUGAACCCACAGGACAAAGAAGAAAUUAUUCAAGAGGAAUAUUGCCAUUUGAUAGUAAUUCAGAGAACUGUUAUUGUCUAUUAAAAGCAAACCUUUCUAUGUAUUUGAGCCUUCCGGCUAUGUGAGCAACAAUUUAAUUCUAAUUCUGCAUGAGCUCUAGGGCAUUUACUCUCUAAACCAUCAGUUAUGACAAGUUGACAACCUAAUUGUUGGCAAAAAUAGACAAGUUGGUGGCAGGGCCGGACUGGGAAGAAAAUUCGGUCCGGGCAUUUUUUAAUUACAGCGGCCCACUAAAAAGGGGGCGUGGCCAGAUAGGGUGUGUUUUGUCAUCACCAAUGACAAGCACGCCCCAUCUCAAAGUGAGCAUGUGGGUUCAAUGCUCUUCCAGGGUAGACCAUGCGCAGAGCUCUGCUGAAGAGCUCUGGCAUGAGAAAAAUAUCCUCCAUGAAAUCUCGCGAGAGGAACCCGGCGGAGCUGUAAGUUAAAGUUCCUCCGGGUUCCUCUGCUGGCAGGCUGGCUCCCUCCUUCUCUCCCCAGGCGGCCGCAAUAUCCUGCAUGUGGGCCGGUGAGGGAGAUCUUUGAUCUCCCCACCGGCCCGCUGUAGACUGCUGCAGGGCCGGCGCUCGGAUAGUGCGGGCCCUGCAAAGACCGGUAGGGGAGAUCCUGUGGUCUCCCUGCCGGCCUCGGCCCGCGGCCCACCGGACAUUUGCCCGGUGUGCCCGAUGGCCAGUCCGGGCCUGGUUGGUGGGAAAAAAAAGUUUAAUUCUUACUCUACAAUAGUCUACAUUUUUCAAGUCUGUUGUUGACUCUCCACAAAUUUCUGUUUAAAACGUGAAAAAAAAUAAGCUUUCAUAAAUGACAAAUGCAACAAAAAAAUGAGUUUUGUGUGCCUGUAAUGUUUGCCCCCCAAUACUUUAUACCAGCGGUUCCCAAACUGUGUGCACACAGGGGAAUUACUACUAAACAGGGGCCCGAUCUGGUGCCUCAGUGCUGAAGGGGUUAAAACCCCUUUAGCCACUUACCUUAAUCCAUCAUCGUGCUCUCUCGGCGCUGGUGACCUCUCCUUCCCGCCGUCAGCUCCCGAGUGGAGCCGCGUGCGUGUAUUCAAACCCGCUCAUAGUAAAAAGCAUUAUUUUAUGUUUUCCUAUGGGGAUCUUAUUUGAUGUUGGACUCCGAGAGGACAUCCAGUGUCAGAUAAGUGCGAUUUACUCAGUGUACAUCGCGGAAGCGGCCACCGCAGAAAACGUCUGAAAUUAAUUAUUUUUAUUUAUUGUUUAUAAAAAGCAAUAUAACCUUUAAACUCUAUGGCACAGUACCAGAAAAUAGAUAUGUUAAGUUACUUUUUUUUUUCUUUUUUUUUUUUAAGAUUGGAGAUAUUUUUUUAACCUUAAAUGAUCUACAUUUUACUUAUCUGUUCGAGAUACUGUAGAGUUUUUAUUUUCUAGUGAGCAUGGUUAUUUUAUUGGUUACAAAGUCAGGCAAGAUCUACAACUCUUGCUAUUAUGGAGUGCUUUUCUCAGCCAACUCUUUCAGAUACAUGGCAAUAACUUGGUCAUCAAGUACCUUAGAAUAGCCACUGUAGCCAGCAUAUAUCCACAUCGUAGGAAAGGUUCAUCCUACUUUGAGUGAUAUUUACCAGCAGAGCCAAUGGUGUAGAUAAGAAACAGGUGAGAUUUUUGGAACAGCAGUAAUGAAGCCAUAAGUAUUAACCACUUAAAGGGACACUCCAGGCCCCUAAAGCACUAUAGCUUGCUGAAAAGCUUUGUGUGGGAAGUGUGUCCCAUUUUUAUUUUAUUUUUUCAUUUUGCAAAAAGUGCAGAUUUCAAGCUGACAACAGGUAUUGUUACUUCCUGGUUUGGUUAGCUCAGUAGAGCUAAACUCAAGAGGCAGCAAUUGCACAGAGCACCUACUUUUCAAAGAGUUCUUAUUGAGAUGGAUUGGGAAGUUUGUGAUUGGACAGCCAGAGGGGGAAUUGCAAAGGCUUCAGACAGGAGAACUUCAGGUUUUGUAAGCUGCUUUUAGAUAUAUCCCCAAUAAUACAAUGCAUAGUUCAACCAUGCACGUUUUCAUUUGGGGUAUGUCUACUUAGUGAUUUUUGAUUUAUUUAUUUUUUUAUACGUUUUUAAGUUUUAGCUCACCUUGCCAAUAUCCAUAGACUUAUCAUUCACAAAGUGGUAUAAACCAUUUAGGCAAUUUAUACACACUUUAUAGAUAAUGUACAUUGUCACAUACAAUUCUACAAAAAAAAAAAAAAAAUCCGUGAAAGAAAACACUUUUAUACAGUCUAUAAUGUUUUCCAAAAUGUGCAAAUUUCAGAGCAUCAGAAAUUCUGAUUUUUAUUUAUUUUGUUUUUGGGCAAUGGAGUGUAACUUUUAACAAUAUUAGAUCGUGUAUUACAUUCUAACUAUGCUGGGACUUAAUGCUGUUAGGGCAUAAUGACACGAACUGAGUUUUGAUGUGAGUAAGGUUAAAUUCCUGCUCAUACCAGAGACCCAUUUAUGAUUCAUUUAUGCCCAGGCUGACUGAUAAGCUGUAUGCAGCCCUGAAAGUAUAUUUGGUUUAUUUUUUAUUGAGGACAGUAGUUUGGAGCAGCAUUAGUAAGGGCUUUGUAGGUCAGAGUGAGAAACUUGAAUUUAGUUCUGCUUCUAAUGAAGAGCAUUGAAGGGACUCACUGAGAGGUGUGACAGAUUCUGAGUGAUUGGUAAGGUGGAUUAGCCUGGUAAAGGCAUUUAUGAUGGUUGAAGAAAGUAGAGUCGAGAGAGGAAGGGCAGAUAGUCUGUUAUUGCAGUAGUCGAGAUAAGAAGGGAGUAGGUGGUUGAGGCAGAAUGGGGAAACUAAUUUGUGGAGAUAAAAGAAAGAUUGGAGUUAAAUGUACCUUGAAGUGAUGGAGCGAUAGUGAUGCCUUCAACAGAGACAAAAAAGAAAAAAUGCAAAAAUGGUAGAAGAGCUAGAGGGAGGAAUUAGGAAUUCAGUCUUGGAUAUAUUGAUGCAAAUGAUUGAUUACCCCUUACUGUAAAAUGAUAUAGAUCUCGAUGUGGAGUAAUACGAAAAGAGAAAAAAAACUGAACAAAUCUAGUGCAGAUGGUACUUUAAAGGUGAUGAAUGCAAAGUAAAUAUAAGUAGACACAUUCACAACCUUUAGAGCCGGAGGAUGAGGCUCUAUAGUAGUCCAUUUUAAAUAUCCACUCUUUUUCUUCGUCCCGCUAGAAGUGAGGUCACUUGCUGGCGGUCUUUGAUAAUGUGUAUCUUAGGCUGAGUCUACUUGUGUUGCGUCACUACCUGUAGAUUUAGCCGAAGAUACACAUCUUUAAAGACUGCUAGGGAGUGACCUCACUUCCGGCAGGAUGAAGAAAAACCACUACAUACAUCAUAGUAAUUUGCCUAUAAAGCUCAACGAUUGGAGGAUAUGCAUCACGUGACCGCAAAAGAUGAAUAGAGCAUGGAUAUUUAAAUGGAUUCUUGGACCUGGAAUACAUCACAGCCAACUGAAGCUUUAACAGCGAAAUGAGUUUUGGCACAAAAGGACUGAACUACCACAGACUGAUAAGUUCCUUUUUAUUUAUAUUUAUACAUGUUUAUACAAUUUUUGAUUUUAAAUAUAGAUUUCAAAUAAUUGGAUUUUACCAACAUUUGGCAGUCAGUCCUGUUCCAGAUUGGGCAGUGUCACCCCACAAAUUGACACAAGGCGCACAUAUGGGCUCUUAAGGUGAGAGCAGUGGCAUACAUACCACGGUCACAGGUGUCGCCGCUGCGACCGGGCCCCUCACUCCAGGGGGCCCAGCAGCAGCCACGACCGUGGGCCGCCUGCACAGCCUCUGGGCCAGUGCACAGAUGCACGAGCCCAGGGAAUGCGCUUGUCGGCAGGAGGGGGAGAGCUCUGUGUGUAGCGUAGUCAAGCGGUCUGAGAGCACUUCCUGUAUGACCGGGAACCACGGCGCGCAGUGAGCAAGUACAGGAGGGGGGUGGGUUGGGGAUGACACCCAUGGAGGGGGGUUUGGUGGUGACACACAUGGAGGGGCUGGGGAGGGGUUGGAUUGGUUGACACACAUGGAGGGGCUGGGAAGGAAUUAUAUAUUUUACAUAUCCCAGAAAGAUAAUUUGGUUAUUAAUGUUUGACUCCUGCAUUUUAAUUUUUGGGGUCCAAUGUUCUAUAUUCUUCUUAUUCAAUGUUUAACGCAACAUAUUGUUAUAUUAAGGUAAUGUAUGUUAAAUAUAACCUUGAUUUCCAUAGGGAUGACUUUACUUAUCACCUUACCUGAGCCAAAUAGACAUACAGACCCAUAAAAUUAAUAUACCUGCAAGUUAAAAUUUCCUUUUGCAUGAAACAUAAUAUGUAGUUGAAAGAAUCCCAAUCUAAGCGUGACCAUCCAUUCCAAUGAGAUUCCUGACAGUGAUAUGAUAAUUGCAUUAUAGUGCCCUCUGGUGCUUACAGUCCUGCUUCCCUCAUACCUUUAAAAGUUAAUGAAAGUGUUUAAAACAGCUGUCUCUGCUUCAAUGAUUUAAUGUUAUUCUUGGGAAAAGGAAGCCAGGGACGACAUUAAUGUCAGUUUGUAGGACGCCCUCUGCAUCUUCCUUGUGACAGAAUUUUUAUCUACAUAGUAAUUGAGGUUUGAAAUAAGGCAUAAGUCCAUCAUGUUCAAAUGUCCCAGAUGUCUUUUGCUGCUGUUGAUUCAGAGGAAAGCAAACAAUCCCACAAUUCAAUGUUUUCCCACAAGGCAAUACAAUCUACUUCAGAAUCGAAAGCUUUUUAUAUUCUUAGAACUCUAUACAACACUGCAAAACACACACAGAAUCUGCAUUCCAGAACAAAUUCCGAUAACCUGCCAAACAUAGAAACGUCUUCAGACUUCUCACCCUGAUUUUUCUGAACAUAUACUUAGAAAAACAUUUUCACAUUUCCUAAUUUCCUUUAUUAACAGUUUUUUUAGUUAUGGAGGAAUGCUAGGAAAGUUUUACUUCCUUUUAAGGGGACAGUUUGAGUAAUCAUUUUUUGAAUUUCUCUAGCUGUAAGUAGUUCAAAUCCGUAUAGAGUGUCUUUUCUAUUAACCCAUUUCCUUUCUCCUUAGGGAGCUGACAAGACUGUGAAAGGGCCAGAUGGACUCAAUGCCCUGGAAUCCACAGACAACCAGGCUAUUAAGGAGCUUCUUCAUUGAUGGACUGGAUUCUCUGCCUGCACAGUUUGCCUCUUGUGUGGCCUCUCACUGCUGCCUGUAUUUCCUUUUUCUAUCUGCCAAUUUCUUCAUCUCCUCACCUUAAGUUGGAGGAUGUAUGGUAAAACAGAGAGCAUCAACCUCAAUUAGAUUGAAUCAAAGCAAGAUUGUAGACGGAUGAACUGGGAUUUUACUGGUGUCUUAAACAGCAUGGGAUGUUAAAAAAAAAAAAAAGAAUGUAACUCACUCAAUUCCAGCCCUUAAAUUGUAUCAUGGAGUGAUUUUCUUUUACAGUUUAUGAAAUAAAAAUUUAAUGUAUAGGAUAUUUUAAUCCUCUUUAUUAACACCCACACAUUGUUCCCUAAUUAUAAUCUGAUUGCAGAAAAUGUGCGCGCCCAGUUUACCUUUGCAUCUAGCUCUGUAUUGUAUAUAUUAACAUGUAAUGCAUUUAAAGACAACUAAGGCUAUAAUAGAAAAUGAUCUUCAAUUUUAGAGCAUUGCUUUUUUGGCAGAACUUACUUUUUUCUAAAUGUUACAAAAUGCCUUCACAUGGAAGAACGUUUGUUUCACUUGUCUUUUUCUUGCUUAAGGUGUUCUUUGCUUCAGACCAUCUGCAAAUAGCACCAGCCACCUAGUGCAAAUGACCUAUUCAAGAGUAAUUAAAAUAGGUCACUGUUAUCUUGGGAGAUUUGAUGUACAAGGCACCUCUCCUCUUGCUUUAAAGUGACUUUUUAACAAAUUAAAUUUUCUUGGGAUUUCAUUUUAAUCCUCUCAAACUCCUCGAUAAAUGGUAUCACUCGACCCCAUGCAAUGAUGGCAACCUUAUGUUCCAUUCAUAUAACCAUAUUUACACGCAUUUGUCUGUUCUAUUUGAUUACACAGAUAUUAAAAUAUGCAGUUUCUCUUGUACAUCUACUAUCUACGUCAAAAAAGCAAAAGUAUAUUUUAUGCUUGGGCAGCUUGCAUGGAAAUCAUCACUUUUGGUUAAAAGGAGACAGAAAUCUGUAGAAUAUAAAAUAUUACAUGCCAGUGGUUUUGUCAGGGGUACUUAAUUUUUUAUAAUUUUUUUUUUUUUUUUUGUUAGGCACUCAAAUAUUUACAUGGCAUUAGCUAUGUAAAGUUAUUCAUCAGUUAUCCAUGUUUUAUUUGUAACAUGGACUAUCGAACAAAUAAGGUUUGCAAGUCUGCCUUGUUAAGAUCUGCCUAGUGUCACAAGGUCUUAAUUGUUUACUGCCUACCCCAGGGCAAUGUAUUGUGGUCCAUUGCCUGAGGUCUCAUCUGUUCUUACUUAUGAGGGUACAUUAAUAGCAUAGUGACCCACCUGUGCUUCUCAGCUGAGGAGUUAAGAACCUCUGAUUUCACCAUGGCUCUUUUUUGCAGUUUGCGUUCUGUUUAUUGUAAAAUAUCCAUAGUAAACUAGUUAAUAUUGUCUGCAUUGCAUGACCAUUUUUGCUUUGCUGAAGCCUAUAUUUUAUAUUCUACAGUAUGUUGGCAGACCUUUAUUCUUUAUUACAUCAUUCAUUUAAGUAACAUGACAAUUAUAUAAUUGCAGUGCUUUUUGAAAUGUUUACCUUUUGGGGGGUGGGGAAUUAUGAUGUAAGGUAGAAACCUAUUUGGGAGCAAUGCAACUUCAAGAAAGGGGAACACAGCUGAACACAGUAGCUUUUGCAAUCCACCGAUGGUCAAAUAAUUAUUGUUCCAACCAUCAUAUAAUGACAUCCUGGAUAUACGCAUUAAUAAUAACCCUCAUACAUUAACCGAAACCUCUAUGUUGUUAAGCACACGAUAGAUUACCUGGUUUUAGUAAUCACGUUUAAAACAUGCAAGCAAAGGAAUUGAGCCCAUUUGUUACUUCUGUGGCUUUAUAUCUCCUUAAUCGCUCUAUACGGAAAUUGCUUUAAACUAGAUUCCUUUAUUUGACAUAACUUUUUAGAUUUAGAUCAUGAAUGUAUGACUCACACUAGGGCUUCUAUUAAUUUCGUUGACUGUUUCAUCAUCAAAAGGAAACACAGAGGCCUUCAAAUUGAGACAAAAGAUUUGUUUUUGUUAUUUUUAAUCACUUAAUGAAGUUAUUCUGCUGUUACUAUGUUGCAGACCAACUCCCAUGUUCAUUUUCAAUUUAUUUUUUUAUUCUGCCUGAACUAAGCUGCUACUCAUUGUCACAGUAGUAAGAGGCUAAAUUAAAUUUUGACUUGAUCUAACUUUCAUCCAUUUGUGAUGGUAUUAUUUCAUUUAUGUAUCUUGUAUUUUAAAUGUUUCAUGUCAUGCACUAUUGUCUGAUUAAUGGAUAUUUAUCUUUU